AAUUCUAAUUGGAGGAAAAUUGUUAGAGCACAUGGUUUGGUUGUCGCAGUGCCAACUUCCUUGCGUACAUAUAUUUGUUAUUUGAUGAGAUCAUCUGGCUGAGGGGCUUUGGUUGGAUCCCACUGAGACCCUUUGGACCCGUAGUCUCCAUCUUUUAAGUGUGAUGGUCAUUUUUGAGGCUCGAAAUGUGGAUGGUGGGAAUCAUCCAAAUGGAAAGACCGCCAGGCUGCUAGGCUAUUCCAAGCAUCUGCUUGGUAAACAUUUUCAACUACCAUGGUGCAAGCGACAUGGACUGUGGUCGAGCGGAGCUAGCGACAAGAACAAGGCCAUGGUUGAGCAACUGCAGAGAUAUGGGGUAAUCAAAUCGACCAAAGUUGCGGAGGUCAUGGAGACCAUCGAUAGGGGGCUGUUUGUGCCUCCGGGUGGUUCUCCCUAUUUUGAUAGCCCAAUGGCAAUUGGCUACAAUGCAACCAUAUCUGCGCCUCACAUGCAUGCUGCUUGCCUGGAGCUCCUGGAGGAUCAUCUGCAGCCUGGUAUGCGAGCUCUAGAUGUUGGAUCAGGCACUGGGUACCUAACAGCUUGCUUUGCACUUAUGGUUGGACCGGGAGGACGAGCAGUUGGUGUUGAACACAUGCCAGAGUUGGUUGCUUCUUCUACUGAAAACAUCAAGAAAAGUGCAGCAGCCCCACAGCUGAAUGAUGGAUCCCUCAGUAUUCAUAUUGCUGAUGGUAGGGAAGGCUGGCCCGAGCUUGCACCAUAUGACUGCAUCCAUGUCGGAGCUGCAGCACCGCAGAUUCCAGAGGCGUUAAUCGAGCAGCUGAAGCCUGGUGGCAGAAUGGUGAUCCCGGUUGGGACCAUCUUCCAGGAGCUGAAGGUGGUUGAGAAGAAGCCAGACGGCGGUGUCAGCAUAAGAGACGAGACGUCUGUGCGCUAUGUGCCUCUCACCAGCAAGGAUGCCCAGUUGCACUCAAAUUGAUCACAGCAUCCUGCCAACCAAAUGCUAUCUUCAAUGUGUGAACCUAAAACCUCAUUAUCAAGGCGUUAUGAUUGGACAUAAAAUCUACCAAGCUGUCGUUGUAAAACGCUGGGAUUCAUGGCAAUGUAGGAUACUGGUACUUCAUCAAAGUAUUGAAGUGUGUGUUUGUGUUUGACCAUCUUUUUGUAUCUGCUAGCAUCUGUGAGCGUGAAGCAUGCUUUCUCGUUGGAACUGCU